CUAGUGGGGAAUGUAAAUGCGUGCGGUGCACGGGCACGGUGGACCCCAAUUUUGUACACAAAUAAGGGCCGCUCCCGGCUAAAUAACGGAAAAACAGUGGACGGAGUGAAAGAAGUGAGCCCUAAAACGAUUGUGGCGGUCAACAGGCGAUCCGUGAAGGUGUUGAUUCAACAUUCUUCAGCUAAAUACACGUACAUUCUUUAUGGACGAUUUCAAAAUGGAGUAGAACUAGUACUUGGCUAUAUGUUGUUUUGUUGCCCUACCAUAACUUGAACAAGUUCAUUUUUUGUGCCGGCCGCAUCUGAUGAUAGUUUUCGGGCGAAACUCUGUGACCUGUUAAACGAACCUGUGCCAUUAAUUAGAAAACAAAUUAUAAAAACAAAAAAAACGGGGGCCUCCGUGGUAAACCUCCUCCAAUGCCGGGAUUACAUGACCUCUCGCAUUUCUAGUCUAUCCCAGCAUUCCAACUCGAAACGAACAUCUAUGUAAGUAAUGACGUUUGAAGAAAGCCCUGCGUGCACCAGUGGAAUGCACCAGGCACCAUCCCACCCAUGGUUUUAAACCGAGGAGAGCGGCGCAGCUCGUCAGCUCUGGCCGGGGUCGUGGCCAGGGCCUGGCUGCUGGUUGUGGCGGCUGGAUUGUGGGGCCUCGCCAGCGCGGGGGACCUACUAGCGCAAUACCCGGGCCCAGACGAUGAGCCGCUCCGGUUCUCACAUUUGGCCCUGGACAGGAGGAACAACCGUCUAUUCGCGGCAGCAACCAACAGACUCCUCCAAUUCAGCGCCAACUUGACAGUAGAGCAUCGCGUGGUAACCGGCCCCAAAAACGAUAGUCCCCUAUGUCACGCAACCGGGUGCGCAACCGGAUCGGGCAUACCGACGUCUCUCAUGGACAACUACAACAAGAUCCUCCUGAUUGAACCUGAGACGGAAUAUUUGAUAUCGUGCGGGUCUUUGAUGCAAGGGGCGUGCUACAAGUACAAAUUAAAUAAUAUAAGUGCAAAUCCGGAUUUUAUCGCAAAGAGUAUCGCCGCCAACGAUCCCCAAGCAUCUACGUACGCUUACAUCGGUCCUAGGCGGUACAAUUUAUGGAGUAGGCCUAACGUUAUGUACGUUGGUACGACAUUUACGAAUAACGGCGAGUAUAGACACGACGUACCCGCUAUAUCUAGCAGAGACUUAGAUACAUUAGAAUUAGCCGAAGAUACUUUUAGUAAACAGUCACAAUUGACAAUUGACGUUAAGUAUCGUGAUCACUUCUUGGUGCAAUAUAUUUAUGGUUUCAACGCAAGCGACUACGCGUAUUUCCUACUUGUUCAGAAGCAGUCGUAUCUACCCGAGCAGGAAGAGCUCGGUUACGUUUCUCGAUUGGCGCGCACAUGUAUCUCGGACGCAAACUAUGACAGCUACACCGAAGUUACUCUUGAAUGUACCGUCGGCGAGCGGUCUUUUAACCUCGUACAAGACGCUAAACUGACUAGAGCUAAUGGUGAACUGGCAUCUACGUGGGGUCUGCGACAGGGCGACCUGAUACUGGUGGCAGCUUUCCGGCCUGCUAGGGGCAUCACCAAUGAAGCUCUCGAACAUUCCGCGCUGUGCUUGUAUCCGCUGCGGGACAUUGAGGAAAAGUUCAACGAGAACAUCCACAUGUGCUUCAACGGGACGGAGAAGUAUAGGAACAUGGGAUACGUGUCGGGCCCUAUUCAAGACGGCAAGUGUCCCAGUGCCGGAAAUGCCGGAAACAUCCACAACUUCUGCGAAGCCGGUUUAAAAAUUAGCGGAAAUUUACCACUUAUCGCCACCGCCUCUUUAACAUAUUACAACACCUCUCUAUCGGCUGUUGCCACGGCUACUACGGGUACUCACGUCUUAGCCUUUUUAGGUACAACAGAUGGAAGGAUCAAAAAAGUUUUAUUAUCGUCCACACCUCAUCCCACCGAAUACGAAGAGGUUACAGUCGAUCACGGGCAUCCUAUACUUCCCGAUACUACUUUAUCACCUCUCGGAGAUUAUUUAUACGUUUUAUCUACUUCAAAGAUCUCAAAAAUUAAUGUCGAACAUUGCAGCAGCUACACAAAUUGUUCCGAAUGCUUAGAAUCUCACGAUCCUUAUUGCGGGUGGUGUUCUUUAGAAAAAAGAUGUACUGUUCGGAGUGCAUGUCAAAAAGCACAUAGUUCACCACCAAGAUGGUUAAGUUUGGGUACGGGACAACAGUGUAUCGAUUUCGAACAAGUUUUACCCGAUCGAAUACCUAUCAAUCAAAUGACCACGGUGCAGCUAACUAUAAGAACACUCCCCGAUUUAUAUAACGGUGCAAAAUACAAGUGCGUUUUUGGCGACGCCGAACCAAUUGACGCGAAUAAAACCGAAUACGGGUUAUCAUGUCCGACGCCGAGUAUUUACACUCGUCCUAAAAUUCCAUCGUCCAAAGACCACGUUUUGGUACCGUUAAGCGUACGUUCAUCGGAAACUAAUAAAGAUUUCGUUUCGCGGAGUUUCGCUUAUUACGAUUGUUCGAAACAUAGCACUUGUAUGGACUGUGUCAAAUCGCAAUGGUCGUGCAAUUGGUGUAUUUACGAAAAUAAAUGUACUCAUAAUAUAUCUAGUUGUCAACGAAGGGUUAUUAGCGGGGAGAAUUCUAACGAAGACUCCCAAAAUCAAGGCAGCUUAUUUUGUCCGAGAUUUAAAAAACGCGAUGUUAUUUUAUUGCCAAAUAACGUUCCUAAAGAAAUGCAAUUUGAAGUUGAAAAUCUUCCGCAUCCUCAAUCAGAUCACACCGGAUUUCAAUGUAUUACAAAUAUCGAAGGUGCUAAAAUGCGAGUCCCGGCACGUGUAGAAUCCAACCGUUACAUCGUUUGUGAAAAAAGAAUCUAUUCAUAUGAAGCCUUAACUGGUGAAUAUGAAGCAAGCGUAAAAGUCGUUUGGAAUAGAGAGCAUCACAUCGAUUCUAUGAAUAUCACUCUAUAUAAAUGCGACAUUUUAGGAUCGCAUCGUGAACACGCGGAUUGUUCGCUUUGCGUAACCCGAAAUUCAAAAUAUGAGUGCACCUGGUGUGGGAAUACGUGUAGUUAUCGUGAAAGUUGUCAAUAUAUACCGCAUUCUGAAUGUCCUAAACCAAGAAUAGAUAUGAUAAAACCUUUAAGCGGGCCUAUAGAAGGCGGAACAUUAGUAACCAUUGAAGGAAGUAAUUUAGGUUUAAAACGCGAAGAUGUAAAAGGAAAAAUAAGAAUAGGUAAUGUACCUUGUGAAUUGGUAAAUUAUGAAGUAUCCGUUAAAAUACAAUGUAUAACCGGACCUUCUGGUACGGAACAAACUGCGUCAAUUAUAGUAGGAAACGAAGCUGGAAUUACGGAGUCAUCCGUAAAAUUCAGUUAUAAAGAUAUAAGAUUACGCGGAGUUUAUCCAACGAUGGGUCCUCAAUCUGGAGGAACUCUACUAGCUAUAACAGGACAAUAUUUGAAUAUUGGAUCGGAUAUAACCGCAUAUUUAGACGGCCAUCUUUGCCAAGUGAACAUAACGCAAGCUUCCAGCAGUCGAUUAACUUGUAUAACGUCAAAAGCAGCGAAACCAGUGAAUAUUGGAAAGUUAACUUUGAGUAUAGAUGGUGCUAAUCGUACGUUAGAAGGAAAUCCUUUCAAUUACACAUCAGAUCCGACGAUAAUGGAGAUAAAACCAUUGAAAAGUUUCGCUUCCGGCGGUCGUAUGAUUUUCGUACAUGGUUCGAAUUUUGAUAGUAUUCAAAAACCGGAAAUGGAAGUGUAUCAUAACGAACCGAUUCCGAUCAAUCGCACCACUUGUACCGUCCUCUCAUCAACUCAAAUGGAAUGUCCAAGUCCGUCGAUUAUCCGACAUUUUUCGCGUAGCCGUGUAGUCACACGCCGAUCUACUCGUAAACAUAAUUCAAUGAAAUCGUCCGAAAUGCAACGUUCUUUACGCAUUGGAUUUAUAAUGGACAACGUUGUAGCCGUGCGUGAUUUAGAAAAACAUUUUGGUCAUAUACGAACACUUUUAUUAUACGUUGAAGAUCCCAUGUUUAUCGAAUUCCCAAAACAAACCAAAUUAUAUAAAGGUGAUACUUUAGUAAUUGAAGGUGAAAAUUUAAAUGUAGCAAGCGACGAAACCGACGUUUAUGUCACAAUUGGUACUAAACCUUGUAACGUUACCAGCUUGGCGAUGACCCAACUAGUUUGUUCACCCCCAGAACAACAACCAGAUAGCACAGAUGAAAACGGAGACAAAACAGAAAAUAAUUUACCAUUAGUUGUGGUUAGAGUCGGCAAAAAUCUUCGAUUUCCAAUCGGAUAUUUACGUUACGACGUCCUCAAACCGUUCACGUUACCUACAGAAGCCGUCUUAAUGAUUUCUAUUGGAAUCGCUUUAUUCGUCAUCUUUUUAGUUGGUAUUCUCAUCGCUUUACGGAGAAAAUCCACUCAAGCCGAACGAGAAUAUAAAAGAAUACAAAUUCAAAUGGAUACAUUGGAAAGUAACGUUCGUUACGAAUGCAAAUUAGCUUUCGCCGAACUUCAAACUGAUAUGACAGAUUUAACAGCCGACCUUGUAAGCUCAGGAAUACCCACAUUAGAUCACACCAGUUAUAUUAUGAAAGUGUUUUUCCCCGGAGUAAGCGAUCAUCCAAUUUUAAUAUCACCCAAACUAAGAUUAAAUGGUCCAAGAACGAAUUAUGACGCAGCAAUGCUUCAAUUUGAACAAUUAGUGAACAACAAAAAUUUUAUAUUAACAUUUAUCGACGUUUUAGAAUGCCAAAAAUCGUUUAAUAUACGCGAUAAAGUAAAUGUAGCGUCAUUAUUAAUGGUCGUUUUAAUGAAUAAAAUGGAGUAUGCGACGCAUAUUUUAAAAUGUCUCUUACUGCGUUUAAUAGAUAAAUCAGUAAACACAAAACAUCCGCAAUUAAUGUUGAGACGAACUGAAAGUGUGGUUGAAAAAAUGUUGACGAAUUGGAUGGCGCUUUGCAUGUAUUCGUAUUUAAAAGAGUACGCGGGAUCCUCAUUGUUCCUUUUAUUCAAAGCGAUAAAACAUCAAAUUGAAAAAGGUUUAGUGGACGCGAUUACUCACGACGCAAGAUAUUCGUUAUCGGAGGAACGGCUUUUGAGAGAACAAAUCGAACAUAAUGUUGUGGACGUCUUAUGUUUUCAGACGUUGCACAUCGUCCAAGAUGACCUUGAUGAGAAGAUUCAGUGUAAAGUCUUGGAUUGUGAUACGAUAAGUCAGGUGAAAUCGAAGAUUUUAGACGCUUUAUUCAAAAACACUCCGUUUUCAAUGAGACCAUCAAUACACGAAGUUGAUUUGGAGUGGCGUCACGGAAGAGGCGGGCAUUUAACACUUCAAGAUGAAGAUUUAACAACAAAAAAUAUUAAUAAUUGGAAAAAAUUAAAUACGCUGGCUCAUUAUGGUGUUAAAGAAAGCGCUGUAAUGUCGUUGAUUUCACGUCAAAAUGAUAGUUUUAAUAAUUGUAAACAAGCGUGCCAUAAUUGCGUUUCCGGUAUGUAUUUUAAUAAUUCUUUAUCGCCUAUUAUUGCGACAAACGGCGAUAUCGAAUCUGGACAUAACAUGAGAAUAUAUCAUUUAAUUAAACCCAUGGAUGAUCAACACUAUACUAAUAACAAAACCGGUGAAAGAACGCAUAAAGCGAUUCCAGAAAUUUUCUUAACAAGAUUGCUAUCGACGAAGGGAACCAUACAAAAAUUUGUUGAUGAUUUCUUUCAAACCAUCCUCACUGUAAAUGAAAAUUUGCCACCCGCGGUUAAAUGGUUAUUCGAUUUAUUAGACGAGGCCGCAAGAAAACACGGAAUUCAAGACCCCGAAGUUGUACAUGCUUGGAAAUCAAACAGUCUUCCCCUAAGAUUUUGGGUCAAUUUCAUUAAAAACCCAGAUUUUAUCUUUGAUAUUAAUAAAACAACUACACUUGAUUCAUGCCUUUCCGUUAUUGCGCAAACUUUUAUGGACUCGUGUUCGACCACAGAACAUCGUCUAGGAAAAGAUUCACCAUCAAAUAAAUUAUUAUUCGCAAAGGAUAUUCCAAGGUAUCGUGGAAUGGUCGCCAAUUUUUACCAACAAGUUUCUUCUAUACCUGCCAUAACCGACCAAGAAAUGGGCACUGCCAUGCAAAUUUUAUCGGCCCGACAAGCUGAUGAAUUUGAUACUAUAGCUGCUCUCAAGGAACUCCAUAUUUACGUUACUAAGUAUAGAGAUCCUGUAAUGGAAGCAUUGAAUAGUGAUUUAAGUUGCCGUCGAUUGCACCUCGCACAAAAAUUAGACAAUGUGGCGUGCAUAUUAGGUGGUGAAGAGACAUCGGCUUGCUGACCAGAUGAGUCACCUGAUCCCCCGUUGCCCCGAAACCCUGCGCCCUGAUCCGAGCGCACCAAGCGACGAACGAAAACCGUGACGUUCCGCUAACUGUGAUAUGGCGCACACGAUCAGGUGACUGUGAUGGACACGUACUUACCCCUCCAGUGGUCGCUAGUUUCCUUCCUGAGUGCCUCGCUACGCUGAAGGGACGUGGCUCACCUUCUUGAAUUCGAAGGGAGUGUAUAACUAUUAAGGAACACGAAGAUUAAGAAAAUGAAACAAAAAAUAAAUUAAAAAAUUUUGAGAGGAAGAACGUUGUGCGCACGGUCUACAAAAAAAACAAAAAUUAAAUGAAAAAGAUAUAAUAAGAUAAGGCACUACCGUUCAGUCCGGAGUAGAUUAGUUAGACGAGACGAAAAAAAAUAAAAUGAAAUAAAAAAAAAAUAAUUAAUAGGUUUAAAAAAGAAGAAUUUUUAAAUAAAGUUUAAAUGGGUAAAAUACGCUGAAUGUCCGGGACUAAUAAUGUUUUUACUUCUCUGAAACAUUCUAAAUCCUGUUUGAAUGUCUUUGUACAUAGGAUUUCGUGGCAACUAUAAGUAAUUGACUUAAAACGGUACCCGAGUUUUAUUUUAUUUACAGUUCGUAACCGAAAAAUUUAAGACUGGUCAAUUUUUAAUAAAAUAAACAUCACACAAGUUUUGACACAAAAAGUUGACGAAUAUUUGUAUACUUGUGUUAUUUUAAUUCAAUACGAAUUGAAAUAAUAAAACUCUUGUAUAUUAGGCGCGUUACUUGAGAUGCGAACGUUUUUUUGGGAUUUGAUGUUAAAGAAAAGACUCUCGACCGACUUAAAAAAAAAAUUAACAUUUAUUAGUCGUGCACGUUUGGUAGUAACUGUGCCGGAACUGCAUUUAUGUCAAAUCGUCUUCACGUCCAGUGAUUUGUAAUGUUACUAUUAUUUUUAAUUACAUUAAAAAAACUAAGAAUAAUAUAAACGCAUAUUUGUAUCUCGAUAUUUUUUUGUAAAUAUAUGAAUUGUGCAUAUAGAUUAUUAUAUCUAUAAAAAAAAGUUAAGGCAUACAAUUAUUUUUUAUUAGUAUUGUGUUAGGCGUAACGGGAAAAAAAAACUAUAAAAAAAAAGAUCCAUAUUUUAUCGUUAGUUCUUCUAUGACUCCUUCAGUAGUUUGUAAAUAUUGAUGGUCCUUGAUUUUUAACGAUUGAUGUAUCGUUUUAUACACACACUGUUCGUAAUUGUAAUUCGGUAAUAAUGUUUUAUUCGACCCAAGUUUUCUAUUUUGAACUCGAACUUGUCUGCUACGUAAAUCGACAUCUUAACAUCGACUCGAAACAAAUUACAAAA